AUGCAGAAAGCUAGUCAUCGUAUUGAAGGAAGAAACACUUUGACAACCGUUUUACAAAGAGGAGCAUCAAGGCAAGCCAUUGCUGAUUCGGGUCUCAUGAGUGUGGUGGACUCAAAUAGAGCAAAGGGUCAGGCCAAAAUAAUGUGUAAUGAAACUUUCAAAUCAUUAGGGUUGUGUAGUGGUUGUGACGAUGAUAUGCUUGCAGGACUAUUGUUUGGCUUCCGAAAUCAGCAAGCAAGAAUGCGUAUGGAAUAUCGGUCUUGCAUUUCUAGAUCUUUUGCAUCAAGAACUUCUAAAGAACCUGGCAAUAAGGCUAGGAAAGAGGUGACAACUGUGGAGGAUCCAUUUGAUUCUCCUACGUACCAUAUCCCGGAGAAGCCGGUGACGUUUACAGAAGGUGCUUCCUACAGUCUUGUGAUUCUUGCUGGGCUUGGUGUCGCUGGAGCUGCUGGGUACGCUGUGUUGAAAGAGCUCGUGUUUCAACCAAAAGAGUACAAGAUCUUUGACAAAGCCUUGAAGAGAAUCAAAGAUGACAGUCAGGUGAGGGUUAGGAUUGGAUCACCCAUCACAGGGUACGGACAAGAAUCCAGAAACCGAGCUGCUCGUCAACGUAUACCAAACAGAGUGUUUACAGAUGAAGACGGUGUAGAGCAUGUUGAGGUGAACUUCUUCAUCCGUGGGCCUCACGGAGCAGGGAAAGUGUACAGUGAGAUGUUUAGAGACAAGACAGACAAAGAGUGGAAAUACACUUACCUCAUCGUUGAGAUUUUAGCUCCUUCUCCAGCCAAACUCAUGCUCGAGUCCUAUUUGCCCGCCUAGACUCACUCACACACACUCCUUGGUUCUGUUUUCUAAUGUUUCAGUUCGAUCCGGAUAACAUAACUCAUAAACUAAUAGGACAUCCUUUUAACCAGACAUAUGUUGCAUUCCUGCUACUGUCUGAAUCUCGUCCUGCUAAUUGUUUUGGUAUUUGGAUUACUGUUGGUUUUUGUAAAUCUUUGUUUUGUUAGCAAUGAAGUUUUGUGUAUUUUUUUUUUUAUAAGAAUAUGAGCCAAAACUCAUACUCCAUAGCUUUCGCCACCGUCAAAACUUG